GUCAAAAGAUUGCUCAAAAAACAAAACACCCUUCGCUUGGAAUUGUACAAAAUUCCAAUUUUUCUAGUGAAAAAAGUGUUUGAUUAGAAUUUUUACCGUGAAAAAGUUUCCUUCGAUCACACAUUAUCUAAAUCACAUAAAAAACAGUUCAAUUUAAAUUGAAAUAACCAACGUAUAGCUCCCCGGUUUCAACUGCCCGGAGACGUACAAGAAACAAGGCGACAUGAGUUUCUCAAGCGAUGAAGUUAAUUUUCUUGUUUACCGCUACCUCCAGGAAUCAGGGUUUUCCCAUUCCGCGUACACUUUCGGAAUUGAAUCGCACAUUUCCCAGAGCAACAUCAAUGGUGCACUGGUUCCUCCGGCAGCUUUGCUUAGUAUUCUUCAGAAAGGACUUCAAUAUACCGAGGCGGAGAUCAGCAUUGGUGAGGAUGGCACAGAACAGCGAUUGGUUGAAAGUUUAAGUUUGAUUGAUGCCGUCAUGCCCGAAGUGGUUGCCAUAAGACAAAAUCUCCAGAAUCAACAGAAACAAACAAUUAAAACUGAGACCGGAGAGACGAAUGGAACACCGGUUGCGACGACUACUACAGAGGAAACUUCCACAGUGCAGACCACAACGUCGACUACUACAACCACGACAUCGGCCUCAACACCUGCUCCUGCUGACACCAUGGAAGUGGAUCAAAGCAUUGAGAUUCCUGCUUCAAAGGCUACGGUUCUCCGUGGUCAUGAAAGCGAAGUGUUCAUUUGCGCUUGGAAUCCAAGCACCGAUUUACUUGCUAGUGGUUCCGGAGAUAGCACUGCCCGUAUCUGGGAUAUGUCGGAUAGUUCAACCAACCCAAACCAACUGGUGUUGAGGCAUUGCAUUCAAAAAGGGGGUACCGAAGUACCUAGCAAUAAGGAUGUCACAUCAUUGGAUUGGAAUUGCGAUGGAACUCUUUUGGCAACGGGCUCUUACGAUGGUUAUGCUCGUAUAUGGCGCACCGAUGGGUUGCUAGCCAGUACUCUUGGUCAACACAAGGGACCUAUAUUUGCUCUCAAAUGGAAUAAACGCGGUAACUAUAUUCUAUCGGCGGGUGUUGAUAAAACUACGAUCAUUUGGGAUGCUGCCACAGGACAGUGUACACAGCAGUUUAGCUUUCAUUCAGCACCGGCUCUCGAUGUAGAUUGGCAGACAAACCAAUCUUUUGCAAGCUGCAGCACGGAUCAGUGUAUUCAUGUCUGCAAAUUGGGUGUAGAUAAACCGAUAAAAUCUUUUCAAGGACACACGAAUGAAGUGAAUGCUAUCAAAUGGGAUCCUCAAGGGCAGCUUCUGGCAUCGUGUUCCGAUGAUAUGACACUGAAGAUUUGGUCUAUGAAACAGGAUACAUGUGUUCAUGAUUUACAGGCUCAUUCGAAAGAAAUUUAUACAAUCAAAUGGUCUCCAACGGGAACGGGUACCAACAACCCCAACAUGAACUUGAUUCUGGCAAGCGCCUCGUUUGAUUCGACAGUUCGUCUCUGGGACGUGGAAAGAGGGGCCUGCAUCCACACCUUGACCAAGCACACAGAACCGGUUUACUCAGUUGCAUUCAGUCCGGAUGGUAAAUUUCUUGCAUCAGGCAGUUUCGAUAAAUGUGUGCAUAUUUGGAGUACUCAGAGUGGUCAGCUGGUGCACAGUUACAAAGGUACCGGCGGUAUUUUCGAGGUUUGCUGGAAUUCACGGGGCAGUAAGGUCGGUGCAAGUGCCAGUGACGGCAGCGUGUUCGUUUUGGAUCUGAGGAAAUUAUGAGCGGGACCAACAACCGCCGCUGAGAAGAAGGCCAAUUCAACAAAUUCGACCAAUUCUUAAAGUGAGCGGAAAGGGGGAUCUCGUAUUUUAAAAACAAAACUUACUAUUUCGCAUGAAAUGAAGCUUAUAUUAAGAUAUAAAACCACAUUUGUAAAAGUCUCUUUCGGAAGAGAUUUCUAGCGUGUAACAUUUGCCUUGGUUGAGAAGAUAUUUCUCAAUCGUGGCCGUAUUGCAAGUAUUGAAAACGGGAGGUGAAGCUACAAUUAUUGGAACAAGAAUGACGAAUUAAAUAUGAUAAAGAAAAUAUUCUGUAUGUGUAUUGGAUAUAUGCUACUACCUGUUGACGUUGAAAAGCAAAUCAUUAUGGUAAAGGACUUUUUCCUCAACGAUUAAAUUUUCGGCUAUCACUUUAGGCAUAACACGUGUUACAUUACAAUAACCUGCAAAAUUAAAUACAAAAUUACUCUUCUAUCCAUAAUCAUGGCAGAAGUAUUCAUAAACUCAGUCAAAAAUCUUAACAAUUACCUACAACAAACAAAUAAAUGCAUUCUAAGUAAAAGGUAGUUUUAGCUGUUUGGAAAGUUGUAGCUUAUCGUCAGUACAGUUCUUCUAUUUGAUGGGCACCGAAAAGUGUGAAGUAGCGCAAUACAUUCUGAAGGUAGACGUAAAGUAUAAUAAAUAUAUUUUAGAUACCCCAC